GACCUUAUUCUGGUGCAGCCAUGGAGGUGUCCUGCUGGGGAGACAGCUCCUGUGGACAGUUCGGUCCACAGGCAGCAUUUAGGCCGGUGACCUGGACCGUGCCCGGGGUUAUCGCCACCAUCUGCUGCGGAGAGCAGCACACUCUCCUCAUGACCGCAGAAGGAGGCGUUCUAUCAUGUGGACGCAACUCACUGAGACAACUUGGACGAAAAAGUAACAACAAUGGAAAACCACUCGGCCGUGUGGAGGGGCUGGACAAUGUGGUGGCGUUGGCUUGUGGUCAGGACCAUUGUUUGGCCUUAUGUGCCUCUGGACACGUGUUCUCCUGGGGCGCAGGGGAAGCUGGGCAACUUGGGAUCUUCCCACAGCCACAGGGCAACACUUACAGACCCAGCAAGGUGCCCAUACCGAUGCCCAUAGGAGUAGUUCAGGUCGCGUGUGGAAAGUGUCACUCCCUGGCACUGACUAAAGGAGGAGAUGUCUUUUCCUGGGGCUCAAACAGCCAUGGUCAGCUGGGCCUUGGGAAGGACGUGUCCGUGCAGCACAAGCCCGUCCUGGUGUGCGCCCUGACCGGAGUCGCGGUCACUUGCAUUUCAGCCGGAGGCUGCCAUACCAUGUUCCUCACGGCCUCCAGACUGGUGUACUGUUGCGGGGCCAAUAAAUCGGGCCAGCUUGGACUCAACAGGGUGGAUGAAAAAGGCCGGUUUAACAUCUGCUUGGUACCUGCUCUCAGACCUCUGGGUGUCUCAUCCAUAAGCUGCGGAGAGUCCCACACGGCUGUGUUAACAAAAGUGGGGGAAGUUUUUACGUUUGGAGAAGGGAGCUAUGGUCAGCUUGGUCAUGGCUCCUCCACCGAUGAAGUGAGACCCAGACUGGUCGAUGGUUUGAAUGGAUCUGUAACCCAGAUUGCCUGUGGCAGGCACCACACUUUGGUUUUGACCUCCUCGGGCCAACUGUGGGCUUUUGGCAGAGGAGACAAGGGUCAAAUAGGAACUGGGCAGCGAGAUGGCAGUCUGUGUCCCACCCUGGUCCAGCUUCCAUGGACCUCUGACAGUGCGGCAGCCAAACCCAAGGACUUGAAAAUAUCGUGUGGAUGGAACACAAACUUCAUCUACUCAUCAACCAAAAAGAAUCAUGGACAGAUUAUUGGGCGUCUCCAGAGCACUAAACUACAAAAAUGGCUCACAAUGGAAUACAGCAACGUUGAGGCAACAAGGGAAAUAAAAUCGAUGUUUUACACAAGCUCCAGUCUUGUUGCAAGCUUCACAAGAGCCGAAGGGCCUCCUCUGGAAACUGGAGCCUGUACGGUGGAUCUUGAGGCUGUGAGCCAAGCUUUCGACCAGAUGUUUGCAAUCCCAUGGAUCAAAAAAUCAGUGGAUCUGGACCUCCUGCUGGAGUUGCUCUUGGCCUCAAGACAGGCCUUAAAAUCUCCAGAGAUUCUCCUGGUUCUGCUGUCGUGGCCUUUGCUAAGAGAGGACACCUUUGUAAUGAAAGGAGUUUUGCCUCUGGCAGUUAUCGUGGCGGAUCUCAGCGAGAGAACUUUGGCAACACUAAAAAGCUGGUGGUCGUCGCUUCCUGCUUCCAUUCUGCUAAAACACAUCAUGGUCUUCAAAAACGCCCUGGCCUUCAUGCUGAGGAACAACCUCUUAAAGACUCACAACCCAGGGGUCAAAUACAUGCUGGAAGCCCUGAAGCUGCUCUAUAAAGCAAACAAGUCAGGAAACUCCUUCAAGGUCCCACUGAGCACUUUUUAUGUGGAGGAAAUUGACGAUGCUGUUGUCCCGCAUGAGGACGUCACUCUUUGGUUUUUACACUUUAAAGUGGAGGACAACGAGCAAACACCUGUCAUCUUCUGCCGCUACCCAUUUGUUUUCACUUUGCUGCAAAAGACUGCAGUGUUUAACAUCCAUGCACAAGCUGUAAAGGGGGUUCAUCAGAUGGCUCAUCAGAUUGCUCAGGGGUUGCCUCCAGGGUUGCUGAAGGACCUACCAGAUGAAACGGAGGCCCCGGUCUUCCAGCUAACUCUGAGACGAACCCACCUGAUCGAGGACUCCUUCAGGCAGCUCGCUGCGGCGGACCAUUCCGCUUUCCAAAAGACGCUUUUGGUGCAGUUUGUGGAUGACAGGAAGGUGAUGAAUGUCAACAAACAUGACUUUUUCCUUCACGUGUUUGAUGAGCUGAUGAACCCGGAAUCUGAAAUGUUCAUGUUUAAUGAGAGCCAGACUGUUGCUUGGUUCCCACCCAGGCCAAAAAUGACAGAGAAGAGCUACUUCCUGUUUGGUAUUCUGUGUGGCCUGGCUCUGUACAAUCACAACAUCGUGCACCUGCCCUUCCCAAAGGCUCUCUUCAAAAAGCUGCUCCGUGUCAAACCAUCUCUAGAUGACAUGAAGGAGUUGGAUCCUGUGCUGGCAGAGUCUUGGAGGUGCAUUUUGGAGGAAUACACCCCAGAUCAAAUCAAAGAGCUGGAAUAUCCUUUCAGUGUGUUCUGGGGUGGGGAGGAAGUUGAUCUAGAACCAAAUGAAGCUGGGAAACUCGUCACUUGGUCAAACAGGAAGAAAUAUGUGGAUGCCAUUGUCAACCAUGUCUUCAACAAAUCGGUGGAGGGUGUGUUUGAAGCCUUCAAAAGAGGGUUUUUCAAAGUGUGUAACAUUGAUGUGGUGGAAAUCUUCCAGCCGGAAGAGUUGCAAGCAGUGAUGGUGGGCCAAGAAAACUACGACUGGGAGGUGUUCAAGCAGAACACGGUUUAUGAAGGAGACUACCACGCUGACCACCCAAACAUCAUUACUUUUUGGGAAGUGUUUGACGAACUGACAGCCGAGGAGAAGAAGAAGUUCCUCUUGUUCCUCACAGGAUGUGACCGCGUGCCCUUUAUGGGAAUGGAGCACAUUCACAUGAAGGUGGCUGUGUUGCCUGAUGCGUCCGAGAAACAUUUGCCAGAAUCGCUCACCUGCCAUUCUAUGCUACUGCUGCCCAUCUACAAGAGAUACCCAAUAGACAGGACAAUGAGGACCAGGCUUCGUCAGGCCAUCAACCACAACAGGGGCUUCUGGAAGGAAUAG